UCCCAAAAGGAAUGGCAAUGAGGGUCCUGCAAGCAAUCCAUGAGAAAACCCACUGGGGAACUCAAGCCCUGGUUGACCAAUUUGCAAUUAAAUAUAUGUGUAUAGGGGUCUAUAAUCUUGCAAAACAGGUAACCCAACAAUGUUUAACCUGUCAAAGAAUAAAUAAACAACAAUUAAGAGAAAGACCAAUGGGCGGAAGGGAACUGGCACAACGACCCUUUUCACAUAUACAAAUAGAUUUUACAGAAUUACCAAAAGUGGGGAGGUAUAAAUAUCUAUUGGUACUGGUAGACCACUUAACCCAUUACGUGGAAGCUUAUCCUAUGGCCCGAGCUACUUCGAACACUGUGGUAAAAGUAUUAUUAGAGCAAAUUAUCCCCCAGUAUGGAUUAAUUGAGUGUUUAGACUCGGACCGGGGACCCCAUUUCACCUCUAAAAUUGCAAAAGAUGUCCUGACAGCUUUGGGGACUCAAUGGAAAUAUCACACCCUAUGGCAUCCACAGAGCUCGGGGAGGGUGGAAAGAAUGAAUGGAGAAAUAAAAAAACAACUCACAAAGUUAAUGCUGGAAACAAAAAUGUCAUGGGUUAAGUGCCUACCUCUUGCCUUAUUGAACAUUCGAACUCAACCCCGAACUGAUGUGGGAAUCUCCCCAUUUGAAAUGCUAUUUGGAAUGCCUUAUGAUAUGGAAGCCCCCACAGAUCACCCCUACCUAAAAGAUUCUCAUAUUAAAUUCUACAUCACCCAAAUUAUGAGCAGAAGGCAGGAAUUGAGGAAGAAAGGAGUGUUGGCACAGAGACCACCUCUGGAUAUCACAAUCCAUAAGAUAAAACCAGGGGAUCAAGUACUUAUUAAGUCUUGGAAGGAAGAUUCCUUAACUCCAUGUGGGGAAGGUCCUUUUCUUGUUUUGCUUACCACAGAAACGGCAGUCAGGACGGCCGAAAAGGGGUGGACUCACGCCAGCCGAGUGAAAGGCCCGGUUGCCACAAAUAACCAGUGGAGAGUGACUAGCCAGCCUGGGAACUUGAAAGUGACUCUUAAGAAAAACUAAUGAACUCUGUGGACAUUAUCCAAAUCAACCAUAAGGGGAAGCAAAGGGAUACAAUUACAAACUAGCUAAAGACUAUAUAGUGAUUUGUAAUAAGGAAGGUUGUGGAGAUUGUUAUCCUUUUGUGUGCUUUAUAUGUAAAAUUUGCCAAGAAUGGUGGUGGGUCCAUUGCCAGAGGGGAAGACCACCAAUUGGGGUUUGUACUGAGUGCUAUAAAACUCAGCGAAAACUAACUGAAACUGUGCUAAGGAUAGGAGAAUUGGAAAAUCGGUGGGUCAGUUUUGGAUCUGAGUGGUGGGAAAUAUUUACCAAGGGAGUAUACCCUGAGUAUUCUUGUUUUCAUACUAACAAGCCCACUCCAUUUGCUGCUCAGAUAAUAAAAGGGUGUUGUCGAAAGGAACUGAAGGGGAUUCCUUGCAAUCCACCUCUGGUCAAAGAUAAGAACUGGGAACAGUACAAGGCUAGGCAGGAGCGGAAAAGGGGACGCUCAGGCGAGUACUGCUGCUGCCGAGAAGAUGGUUUACCUCGCGGCUCGAAGCACCCGAGUCGGCGAGCGAGGCAGAGAGGAAAAGGCCAAGCCCCCUCUAAGUGGAACAAUGCUGAAAUGCUCCAACUAUUGCCAGCCGAGUACUAGGAUCCCUCAAAGGACCAGUCUAAGUGCCUCCGAAACACCAAGGGAGCAGCAAGCCAAAAAGGGGAAAACAGGAUAUUACGUAACAAAAACAAGGCUAGGACUCCACCCUUAUUGGCAAAUUAUUAGCUUUCUAUUGCUCUGUCCUAGUGUGUUUCUAGUCAGGACAAUGCUGAACACUUUACUUCUAGCCUACGAAGCAGCAAAGCGAUUUGAUGAACAAAAUGCUUCUCUUGCAGACACAGGCUAAGGAUGUUGGGGGAUGGCCGGAGCUGAUUAUGAAAUCAGCGACCACCAGGCAAUGGCCACCGGACUAGACAACGUAGAAGUGCUCCGGGUACGCCCAUCACUGUCCAGAACCGAUUGUGAAACCAACGACCACCUGCCUCGACACAACGCAGAGACGAUGCAGAGGGAUGCUCAAGCUACGCCCACCGCUAUCGCAAGAGACGCGAAUGAAGAAACCUCCAAGAAACUAUAAAAGAGACUGAAUAAGGGGAGUGUGGUGUGGGGCACUGCAGUGUGGGACACUGCAGGAGGGGCGGUUAGGAGACCCCUACCCACCCAGCGCUGUUUUGCUUGCUACUGCUUGCUGUAAUUAAUAAAAUUCUAAUUG